AUGGCACUCACACCUGUGGUAGUCACUCUCUGCUACCGGGCUCCUGAGGUUCUCCUGCAGUCAGCAUAUGCAACACCUGUGGACAUGUGGAGCGUUGGCUGCAUCUUCGCAGAGAUGUUCCGUAGGAAGCCUCUCUUCUGUGGAAACUCUGAAGCUGACCAGUUAAGCAAAAUCUUUGACCUGAUUGGGCUCCCAGCAGAAGAUGACUGGCCUCCUGACGUUUCUCUGCCCCGUGGAGCCUUUACUCCUUGUAGUCCCCAGCCUUUACAGUCUGUUGUGUCUGAGUUGGAGGGGCCUGGAGCACAACUGCUACUGGAGAUGCUGACCUUUAGCCCCCACAAACGCAUCUCUGCCUUCCGAGCUCUGCAACACACUUAUCUACAGACAGCUGGGGAAGGGAACCCAGAAGGACCACUGGAGGGACUGUAUCCAGGACCAAUACAGAAGAGCUGCCAUUUCCCCCUCCCACGGACACUAGGAUCACUCCUACCGCCACCGUGA